AUGCAAGUGUUUCAGAGGAAAGAUUCAUCAGGUUCUUCUUGGGGAAACACAAUGCAAAACAUUCAAGGAUCUGAAUCUUUCGAUUUGCCAAAGGAUAUGAUCAUGUCUACACAAUUCGCCGCGACGAAACAUUCGGUUUUGCAGCUGCAAAAUCAAGAUUCAUCUUCAACACAAUGUACUGGAGAAUCAGGUGGUGAUGAAGUUGCAAGCUUUAACAUUGUUAAUACCAAUCUUUCAGGUUACAUCGAAAACCCGGUAAAGGCUAUUGAAAGUUACACUAAGUCAACCACCACCUCGUCGAUGGAAGAUUCUGUGUUUCCUCCUCCUACUUCAGUUCAAACAUCUUGGUCUUUUCAAUGUACUGAAACAUCACAUUUCAGUGGUUUCUUGGCUCCUGAAUAUGCAUCAACGCCAAUGGUGAUGCCUCAUUUGGAGGCGAUGGAUUUUGUUUCUUCUAGAGUGCCAUUACCUCAUAACAUUCAAGAGAAUGAGCCGAUAUUCGUCAAUGCGAAACAGUACCAUGCAAUUCUUCGUCGCAGGAAGCAUCGUGCUAAACUCGAAGCUCAGAACAAACUCAUCAAAAACCGUAAACCAUACCUUCAUGAGUCUCGCCAUCUUCAUGCUUUAAAGAGAGCUAGAGGCUCGGGUGGGCGUUUCCUCAAUACAAAGAAGCUUCAAGGAUCAUCAAACUCACUCUGUUCUUCUCAAAUGGCAAAUGGACAAGAUUUCUCUGAGAGCCCUAGCAAUGGUGGAAGUGGAAUUAGGUCUAGCUCGAUCACACCGAGCUCUAAUCCAGACCGUAACAACAUGUUCCAAACCCCGCAGUUCAGAUACUCAGCUUAUCCAUCAGCACAUCAUGUCUCACCUCUCAUGUCAGGGACUUGA